AUCUGCGUCUACUCUAUUCAAACCUUUUUUUUUUUUUCACUCGUCAGUAGGUCUGUUAUUUGUCUUUCCUUGCCUUUCCUUGUAGUUUUUCUUCAUUUCACAUCCACACGGGUAACGCGCACUCCGAACCUCUCCAGAGCGCAUGCGUAAACCCCCGGUGUGUUGGUUUUGACCCAUGUUUAUAUUUCUGCAGAGAAGAGAUGGACUGGACAAGCUAGCAUCCCGCUGACACUUACAAGGGCUCACUAAGGCAUUCCUCAGAAGGACAUUGGGGCAUUCUACUUUUUGCACUGACUUUGUGAAGGACUUCUUAGGAUCGCAGCUAUGGGGAACACAAGCAGUGAGCGUGCAGGUAUGGGUCACCACCACCAUCACCACCACCACCACCAUGGAGAGAAGGGCCGCAGAGACAGCCGUGGACACAAGGAGGGACCCAAGAUCCUCAUGGACAGCCCGGAAGACGCAGACAUAUUUCAUACUGAGGACAUCAAAGCCCCGUUGGAGAAAGAGGAGUUCUUGGCAUGGCAACAGGACAUAGAAGCUGAUGACAAAACUGAUACUUUGGAUCGGCCAACGGUUUUCCGCUGGAAAGGUGAAGGGAAGGAAGUGUUCCUCUCAGGAUCCUUCAACAACUGGUCAAACAAGAUCCCCCUCAUCAGAAGUCAGAACACCUUUGUGGCCAUUGUUGAUCUGCCCGAGGGGGAGCACCAGUACAAGUUCUAUGUGGACGGCCAGUGGACCCAUGACCCAGCGGAGCCUGUCAUAACCAGCCAGCUCGGCACCGUCAACAACAUCAUCCAAGUCAAGAAAACCGACUUCGAGGUGUUUGAUGCUCUAAUGGUGGACUCCCAGAAAUGCUCCGAUAUGUCAGAUCUCUCCAGCUCUCCGCCCGGACCCUAUCAUCAGGACGCCUAUGUCCCCAAACAAGAGGAAAAGUUUAAGUCCCCUCCAAUUCUACCUCCUCACCUGCUGCAAGUCAUUCUUAACAAAGACACUGGGAUAUCUUGUGACCCUGCAUUAUUGCCAGAACCUAAUCAUGUGAUGCUCAACCAUCUCUAUGCUCUCUCCAUCAAGGAUGGAGUGAUGGUGCUGAGUGCGACCCACCGCUACAAAAAGAAGUACGUGACCACCCUACUGUACAAGCCCAUCUGAAGACACCUGCUCCUGGCUCCGUGUGCGAGUUACACAGAGCUCAAGGUUUACUUUAUCAUUCACCCUCCAGAACCCCAACCAUCUGCUGAGAGAGCCGCUCAUACUGCAUCAUACCUGUAGAUAGAAGGGAGCUUGCACAAGUUAUUUUGGUUUAGAUAGGGCUGCGCUAUUUUAGGGAAAAUUGCGAUUAGAUUUGCGAUUCAUGUUUAAAAAGAAAAAGUGGGAUUCUGUUCAAAGUACACAUUGUAAACAACCCCAGGAGUGUUAAAGGGACAGUCUGAAAUUUUGGACAUAGGACCUCAUUUCCUAAUGAGCCAGUGUGUUGGAGAUGUGUGGAGACACUUUUUAAAAAAUUCCAUCCAGUCCUUGUAUUUGCAGAGGUCGCUGGUGCUAGGCUAGUGCAUGUCAAUGGCCAUAGUUAUCCUGCCACUAAAAACAGUCAAGCAAAUCUAUUAUAACGAUAGAUUUUCAAUGUAAAUGUCUGUGUUGAUAGAAUAAUGUUUGAAAUAAAACUAACCUUACAUCGCAUGAAUCGUUGCAUUUUGAGGGACUAUUUUCUCAUAUAUCAGUCCGCUGAUGCCAAGCUUUCUAUCAGGAAGUACAACUCUCUUCUGCUGCUCAGACAUAAAUCCUUCAAAUGCAAGGUUGGUUUUACUUCUAAAAUUAUUCUAUCGACAGACAUCAACAUCAACAUUCUGGUGUAAUAAUUGUUUUGCUUCGGGUGCUUUGUGGAGUGGGCAAGACUGUUUUUAGUAGCAGGCUAACUAUGGCCAUUGACAUGCACUAGCCUAGC